UACAAAGACGCAAUUUUUUUUUCAUGAUCCAGGACUUAAGCAUGUUCGGACUCGCAAUAUUGUUGGCAGCAGGAGCAACUCUAGCAAGUGGACUUGCGAAUACCCCAUAUGUUCAGUCGAGGGAAGCCUUCACACAUGCGAGAACAUUAAUCUCUGAAUACUUAGCUCCCCAAGAUGGUGACAUGCACGACCCUGAAGCUCGGAAGCAUUUCUCCUUCGGCAUCUUGGCUGGGGUGACUGCUGGACUGGUCACGGCCAACAGAACCGACCCCGCUUACAACCCACUGCUUGUAUUGGACAAGACCUUCCCUCACGCGUGGAGGAACUACAAGCAGAUAUCUCAAAGAGGGCAGACACUAUUGAACGAAGCUUCGGCGAAAAUAAAUCUGAUUGAAGAUCUCAUCGACAACUUAUGCGACGCAGAAAGUGUUGAACAAUGUAACAUCAAAGUUAACGCUAAAGUGCAAAGAAAUCCACAUGCGUACAAACUCCCCGCCGAUCUACUGUUACUACUUGGCAGCGUAUCAGAUGCAAUAAGGGACCUCGAACCAACUAUAAAUACUGUUACCAAAGGUAGAACCGAGAUACCCUACUUAAUAGACAACGUACAGACAUCCGAAUUCAGGACUUUGGUUGAAGACUUGGCUGACACUUACCACAAAAUGAGGGAGCUACAUUUCAGACGGUACAAUCCGCAUAUACUGUAGAGUAAUGUGAGAGGUUUUGCGAAUUUCUACACUGAAAUAAAAUUAACGAACCACGUGUGAAGCUUA